AUGUCAUCCGGGGACGCGGGGCGGCGGGCAGUGGACAGGGCCCCGCGCGCGGGCGCGGCGCUCUGUGUCCUGUACCACGAGGCCGGGCAGCAGGUGCGGUGCCUGCAGGACGAGCUGGCCGCCCGGGACGCCCUCAUCGCGCGCCUCCGCGGCCGCCUGGCGGCGCUGCAGGGGUUCGCGGCGCCGUCGCUGGUGGACGCGCUGCUGGAGCAGGUGGCGCGCUUCCGGGAGCAGCUGCGGCGGCGGCAGGAGGGCGGCGCCGGCGAGGCCCCGCUGCGCCAGGAAAUUGAGAGACUUACUGAGCAACUGAAAGAAAAAGAGAGGGAAAUGCAGCAGCUGGUGAGCCAGCCUCAGCAUGAGCAAGAGAAGGAAGUCAUCCUGCUGCGGAGAAGUGUGGCAGAGAAGGAACGAGCCAGGGCUGCCAGUGAUGUUCUGUGCCGCUCCUUGGCUGAUGAGACCCACCAGCUUCGCAGGACACUGGCUGCCACUGCCCACAUGUGCCAACAUCUGGCUAAAUGUCUGGAUGAAGGACAGCAUAUACAGGGAGAUGUGGGGGAGAAAAGCCCUGAUGAGCCAGAAUGUACAAGCAGGGUUGCUUCUGACCAGGCCAUUAUUGAAAAGUUACAGGAAGAAAACCAACUGUUGAAGCAAAAGGUGACUCACGUGGAGGACCUCAACGCCAAGUGGCAGCGCUAUGAUGCCAGCAGGGACGAGUAUGUGAAGGGGCUGCAAUCGCAGCUGAGAGGGCUGCAGGUCCCUCAUGAGCCUGAGCUGAUGAGGAAAGAGAUCUCCCGGCUCAACAGACAAUUGGAGGAGAAAAUAAACGACUGUACCAAAGUGAAGCAGGAGCUGGUGGCUAUGAGGAUGGCUCGGGACACUGCGCUGGAAAGAGUGCAGAUGCUGGAACAGCAGAUUCUCGCUUACAAGGAUGACUUCACAUCAGAAAGGGCAGAUCGGGAACGUGCUCAUAGUAGGAUUCAAGAAUUGGAGGAAAAAAUCACGUCCUUAUUAUACCAGAUGUCCCAAGGACAGGACCCCCGGGAGCCAGGCCUCUGCCGGAGCAAAACUGCCAAGUACUUAGAGACCAAGGUGAUGGAGUUUGUGGUACCUAGUGGCUGGAGGCCUGGGUCUGGAUCUCAGAAGAUGGAACACCCUGCAGAGGGUGGGCUCUCCUGCACAACCCAGAGAAGUCAGGGCGAUCUUCAGUGCCCUCACUGCCUUCGAUGCUUUAAUGACGAGCAAGGCGAGGUGUUCCUCAGGCAUGUGUCCGAAUGCUGCCAGUGACACAGAGCCACCAUGCCUUAGUGGUCCCUGUCUCCAGCAUGGCUACUCCAAGGGACAGAGUGGGUGUUCUCAGAUCUGGUCCAACUCAGUGGGUUAAGUUCUACUGGGAUCCAGUGGAGUAGGGGCACUCUGAUAGAUCAUCUUGGGUCUUGCUUUGGCACAGAUCAGACUGGGUCAUGGGGAGGGCCAGUGGAGCUGGAGGCAGAGAUGGAGACAGGAGCAUCUGGUAGGGGCAGUAUUGUGUCUCAUAUGGAGUUUGGCACAAGCUGCAAGCCACCUGUUACAGGGAUGCCGGUAUCUGGGGGUACUCCAUGGGCUUGGAGUAGCUGCUGUGGGAGCUGAAUGGACUCCCCAGAUGGGAGUUCAUGCUGUUCUAUGCUGCACUGUGGUACACUGAGGCCUCCUGAACAGGGCCAGAGCCUUGUGGCUACACUGAACACUAUUGCCUUGAAGUGGCUUUUGUCAUAUCCAAAAGUGAAAGAAUCUUUAUUUUCUCUUCAUUAUUUUUUUUAAUAAACGUGCUUAUUGCUAUGCUGCUUCUAGUCAGGCUGGGAUGGCACUGGGACAGGUGGUGUUUCAGGAUGUGCAGGACAGAUUGACUGGCAAUACACUUGCCUAAUGUCUGUCCUCCAUUCUGGGAUGUUUGCUGGCCAGCCCUGCCAGUUGGGACUACAUGAACUGAGGUUGCCUUAGGGUUGGUGGAGCCUGGGACCUUCCAUUUUAGGUAUAUUACUAUUAGCAACUCCGGAGAGCUGGACCUGAACCCCAUCCUUCUUGA